GUUUUAAUAAUUAAAAAGAAAAAAUAAAGAAACAAAAAUUACUUUUAAAUUUGAUACAACUAAUUAAAAUUUUCUUAAAACUUUGUCGCCGAAGCGUAAAGGAAAAAUCUUUAAUCUUUUUUUUUUUGAUGUACGAAGAGAGGAGGCACGAUUCAUCAUCAUCAUCAUUCAAAGCAGUUGCGUUGUUCGGCGAUCACCAAGCAAAUCUUUCGACUCAAGACAUCGAUUCGUAAAAUUUCAUUUUGCCUUUACAAUUACAAACUUCUAUGCGGAAGAACCCUAACUGAUCCGCCAUGGGAGAUUCCGUUUCUGUUCAUCAAUCUCUUGGUGGUGGCUCAGUUGCUGAUUUGCUGUUAUGGAGAAACCGGACUGGUGCAGUGAUUUUGCUAGUUGCUUCUACCGGGUUUUGGUUCUUAUUCGAGAGAGCUGGAUACAAUCUCUUGUCUUUCGUCUCCAAUGUUCUGCUUCUUCUUGUUGCGAUCCUCUUCUUGUGGGCUAAGUCUGCUACAGUACUCAACCGACCCUUGCCUCCAGUUCCGAAUAUGGAAAUCCCUGAGGAGUUUGCGAUCAAGGCUGCUGAUGAUCUUCGGGGAUGUAUCAAUUAUGUGCUGUCAAUUGCAAGUGAUAUCACCAUAGCUAGAAGUCCGAUUCGUCUCCUUCAGGUUUCAUUUGUCUUGUUGGUUAUCUCCUAUGUUGGGACCUUGAUCAACUCUCUCACUCUUGUCUACAUUGGAGUUCUGCUCAGCCUUUCUUUUCCUAUAGUGUAUGAGACAUACCAAGACCACAUUGAUGAUAAACUGAAUUCGACUUCUAAAUUCGUUCGAAGUGUCUCAAGAAAGUUUCCAAUGCCCGUAAGCAAAGAGAAAAAACAUCAGUAGGUACUAGAGUGUAAGUCUGAACAAUUGAAUCGUUUUGGUUCCAAGGUUUAAGAAAAAAAGAGUUAGUUUUCGACUGUGGUUUUACUCAACCGCUGCAGGUGAUAAAAAAAAAAAACUAUUUGUUCACAAGACUAAUUACUGCAAGCCAGCUUUAAAACACACACAACAAGGAGCCGUCACUGUAAUGCUACAAGAGCCAGCGGAAAAAAGUGAAUUACACACAGUACAGUACAGAUUUUAGUUCAUUUCUUUCUGUUUCUCUUUAUCUGAGUUCUUCUUCUUUAGUCUGUGUUGGCUCUGUUCUAGAUUCUUGAAGUUUUGGGUUUCUUUUUUUUUUUUUAUUUGGCCAAUACAAUUUGGUGUUUUUAGUUUUACACGAAUGCUUUGUGGCAUUAUUGUUGCAGUAGAAUCCAAAAAAGAUGAAUCUUAAGAAAGUUUGAAGGU